GUCAGGCGUUCGAGAACUCGUGCUGGGGGAAGAGGAUCCUGGAUUUCGGUGUUGGUAGUAAUAGUUCGGUCACCUUGAAGCCAGAAUAUUGCCACCAUCACCGAGAUAGGCGACUUUCUCCCUCCUGUCUGCUGGGCGGAACCAAUCCUCUGGUGACGCCCACUGGCACGACUGCUCGCCUGCGUCAGGAGGCACGGCUGGUCGGAGGUCCACCUCGCCCACGGCGCACGCCCACGCACGGCCCGUCGUCUCCCCGUGCCGGUGCUGCUCUGCGCCCUGAAGGGGGGGCGCUGCUGCACCAGCGAGAGCUCCAUGCAGGCCUCGUCGGACGAGUGGGAGCAGGGUGGCUGUACACGGGGCAGGUGGAGAUCGCCUGCCUGACAAAGGUGCACGUCGAGCACAAGGAUGCUGAGCCGCAGUGGCUCUCGAGCCAAGCGAGCGCGAAGGAGGAGGGCGGGAGGGGGGGGGGGCAGCAGGCAGCAGGAGGGACGGGCGAGAAAGACGCCACGGAGCGAUUGGCUCAGAGUACGCUCCAGGACUGCCAGAGUGUACCUAUGGCGGCCCUCGC